AUGUCUUCCAAGACCUCUCCAUCGGAGACUCUGGACACUAGUCCUUCGGGCCAGACCUCUGGCUCCACCCCCACUGGGAAUGGCUCAACCCCUCCGAAUGCCGACGUUGAGCUCACGAGCAUGCAACCCAAUGCGCCCAAGCCUUCAAUCCCCUUGGGGGAGGAUAUCAUGCAGUUGGCGCGGAUCGGAGAGAUUGGCGCGAUGCAAAAUUUGUUUGCGACCAAGAAAUUGACCGCAAACCACAAGGAUGCCGAGGGCAUUACACCGCUACACUGGGCCGCGAUUAACAACCAGUAUGCGAUGUGCAAGUUUCUCAUGGACUCCGGCGCCGACGUGAAUGCCAAGGGUGGAGAGUCAGUGGCCACACCCGCCAUGUGGGCAGCGCAGCGGUGUCAUUACUAUAUUGUCAACCUCCUCCUUUCAUAUGGCGCGGAUCCACUCUUGACCGACGUGCAAGGCUACAACAUUCUUCAUCUCGCGACCAUUGACGGCAAUGCUUUCCUUCUCGUGCUCCUUCUCCACCAAGAGAUACCCGUGGAUGUGGUCGACCAGCAAGGCCACACCGGGCUGAUGUGGGCGGCCUACAAAGGAUAUCCAGCUUGUGUGGACCUGUUUCUGCGAUGGGGUGCCAAUGCCAACGCGGUGGACGAAGGUGGGUUGACCCCGCUUCACUGGGCGUUGGUAAAGGGCUCCUUGCCGUCCGUGUUGAAGCUGUUAGAAUAUGGCGCGGAUCGGUUUGCUAAGACCAGAGAUGGGAAGUCACCCAUGACGGUGGCGCAAGAAAUGAACACGCUGCGAAUCUGGAAUCGCGCCCUGGCGGAGCGUGGCUAUGAACCUGAUGGCACCCAGAAGCCGGUCCCCAUGGGCCUAGCCACGUUUGUUCGGAACAAGAGCCUCAUGGCCAAGUUUUUCUUCCUCUGGCCGUUCUUGACUCUUCUCAUUGGGAUCUGGAUGUUGAGCAAUCUGCCAAUCCUUCUUGGCUUGCCACUCACCUUAGUCACCCUAUUCGGUAUGCAAUGGACUGCACAACAAGUUGCCAAUCGCGGACCCUCUGAGUAUCGUAUCUUGCAGAAGACGCCAUAUCUGGCGGGUGUUUUUGCCGCAACUUUGUUCUGGGUGGGCUUCCGUUAUGUCUUCCAGAUUUUACCUGCGACCUACUCUUCACAUCCGAUCCUGAACAUCUUGUUUGCCGUCUUCUACUCUUUAACUGCCUUUUUCUAUACCAUGGCCAUGAUUGGAGAUCCAGGAUACGUUCCGAAGAUCAGUAGCCGUAACCAACAGAGAGAAAUGGUUAAGCAGCUAUUCGAGUUGUGGAAAUUCGAUGAGGAGAACUUCUGCGUUCCCUGCAUGUCGAGAAAGCCACUUCGAAGCAAGCAUUGUCGACGCUGCGGCCGUUGCGUUGCCAAGCAUGACCACCACUGCCCAUGGAUUGACAACUGCGUUGGAGCGAACAAUCUCCGUCACUUUGUUUUGUACAUUGUCUGUCUCGAAAUUGGCAUCAUCCUGUUCGUGCAGCUUACCAUCGACUAUAUUACCGGCUUGCCAACUCCUGCAGAUUUCAAAUGCAGCAUCAUUAAUGACACACUAUGUGAUUAUGUUUCUCGAGACACUUUUACCCUGGUCCUCAGCAUCUGGACUAUUCUCCAGUUGGUGUGGGUCACGAUGCUGUGCGCUGUACAACUUGUCCAAGUCUCGCGCAACCAGACGACUUAUGAAAACAUGAGGGGCCACUCGAUUGAUCGGUCCCUUCCUAGUUCCCAGGCCUUUGCCUCGGCCAUGACUGCCGGGACAACGUCCAUGGAGGCGGCCGGCCUCUCCGCGACCGGUCAAGGCCCUAAUCCAGCCUUGGCACACUCCCACCCAUCCCGGCGAAAGACAGGCUGUAUCUCCCAAUGGUCAGCUCUUCUGGGCAUUGAUACCUUCUUUGCCACGGCCAAGGACGGUCUCCGGGAUGGACCGCCCGCCGGCCGGUCUCGUAACCCUUUCUCUCGUGGCGUGACCACCAACUGCCGUGACUUUUGGUGUGACCCCGCUCCGAUCUUUGGCAAGCGAGAAAGUGGUGCUGCGAUGCUGGGAGGUGAAGUAAUCAACUAUAACGACCUGUACGAAACCCCCCUCCGCAUGCAUGCCGGUGGUCGAUCCGGUGACGGCUAUCGCAGUGUAGCGGUUGAAGACCCCGAACGCAUGGUAUAA